AUGAUCAUGGACGCGGCGCCCUUGCACUUCGCCGGGCCGCUGUCCGCCGACGUUGGCGCGGCGCUCUUCGAACCCUAUGUCGGGGAGCGCCUUCCCGGCCCUGGCUUCUCCUUCGAAGUGAGCGCGUCUGACGUGUUCGCCACGCGCUCACUGGCGCCCGCUGACGGCCUCGCCAGCGGCUUGGGGAUCGACUCGUGGAACUUCUUGGACGCGCUGGAGCAGUUGGCGGAGACGCUGCGAUGCCGCGACCAAGUCGGCGGACGUCUACCGGGCGGGACGCCGCCGGCGCCGGCGAGCCCGUACUCCGCGCAGUUGGGGAGGCAGAUCUUGGACACGGAGGUGCCGCCGACGCAAAUUUGCAUCGCGGGCGCAGACACCUUGGAUCUCGACUCAGAAUUGUCGCAGCUCAUGGAUGACGAUUCAGGGCUGACGCUUUUCCCGACCGCCGUCGAGCGCAAUUCUGGGUGCCCACCCUUCCAAGGACAACGCGCAUCAAUGUGCCGCUGGACUGCAGUCGGCGUUCCCGCCGCCCAGCACCGCGUCUCCACAUCGGAGAGCGGCGCUCUCGCAGUCGCUUCCAGAUUGUACGAACCGCCGGCAGGCGUCGAGCACUUCUCGUGGGGCGCAGAAGGCGGCGUUGAUCUGGGAGACUUCACGUUCGAGGCUGGCUCAUACGCCGUGGUUAAAAGCCAUGGCGAAGACUUCUUGAGAGGGAUCAUGGCGCCCCCCGCGCGAUUUGGCGAGGCGAGCGGCCACGCGGGCCUGGCGCACGGCGCGCCAGUGCAGUUCGCCGGCGAAAUCAGAAUAGACGGGGACGCAAUGCUGCUAGCUUGGAAUUUGAUGUCGGGGACAUAUGCAAUCCCGCACGAAUUUGCUGAGCAGUCGGGGCUCCCUGUGCACAUGUACUGGCGAUUUUACACAGCUCAUGAACUCGCGACCACGGGCGCCCCGCCGACUGGCGCACAUGUUCGAGCUCUUCGCGGAGGCAGUUACCUUUUCAAGCACGUUGCCACCCGCGGCCCAGAUGACGACGAAUCUGAGCAACCUCGCAAGAAGGCAAGGCCAGCCGAUCCCUUGGAGAUGUGGGAGGCGAAAGAAUAUCAAGAAUUCCAGCGGAUCGGCGAUGAAAUCGCGAUCGAGGAGGAGGUAGAGCCCAAACCCGAAACCAUGAUGGACAUCACUAGGGCGUGGCUGGUCCGCUUGGAGGAGGAAGUGAAAGGGUGGGUGACCCAGCCAAGCCAGCCUUUGCACGAUGCCCUUGUCGUGGUCGCCCUCCACGUGGCCAUGAACAUUCAGUGGGAUCCGUUCAGCGAUCUCAUUGUGGCCCGCCUGGCCGCCUCAAUUCUGGAUCAUAAGAUUGUGGCGCACCCUGAUGCGGUGUGCUCCUACAGCAAUGGUGCCUACUCUCGACUGCAAGAGCUGCCACCGGGAUGCAUCACUUACAUCGGCGAGACGCUCAUCAGGGCACAGUGCAUUUUCCAAUCAAUGGCUGCCGAGCUGGCGAAGCAGACUAAGUUGAAGCGAGAGCUCCUGUACAAGGCAGAGGAAAAGCCCGGCAAUGCGCGGUGGGCCUGCGCCGGCGAGGCGACGGGGUCGCUGCGCACAGCGAUGACCGACCGGAAGAGGUCCAAGGCCAUAUUAGAUUUAGUUGGAAAGUGGUUCGCCGGCGAUUUCCCGCCGCCGAAUGCACUCGUGAAUACCGAGGACAAGACGAUUCGCUGGGUUUCCGGCCCGUUGCAGCCCGUGGCGAAGAGUCCAGACAAUAAGUGUUACAUACAUCUGCCCGUGCGCCUCUCGUGGAAGCCUUCAGACAGUGCGCUGGUGAAGCUGCGCGCGUUCCUGCGCGCUGCGUUCGCUGGCCGUGACGACGCGAGAAUAGUCGAUGGGUCCAACGUCUUCCAGCAGGAGGGGGAAUUCCGCAAGCAGGGGUGCCAGUUUGCCCAGGCGAAGUGCAUAACGAUUCAGGAGUGUCAGGCUGGAAAGUUCUUACAAGAGAGCGACUUCAAGAACUUCGUCAGCGGCGGGUACUCACCUUGCAGGAUCAAGUAUGCGCGCGAGGAGCUGUUGAAUAACAUCAUGCAACUGAGCGAGCGCACCAUGCGGGGCACGCUGCAGUUCGCGCAGAAGAUGGCAAACGGCGGGCUGCGCGACGUCGAGCCGCAGCAGGAGGGCGCCGUCGCCGGGAAGCCCGACAAACCAAGUCGGAGCAAAAGUGAAUUCCUCGUUUGCCAAGUUCACGAGGAAUCCGCAGGUCUUACAAAGAUCACGGACACCUUCGUGCAAAGGCUGAAUUGCAUACCUUGCCUCUGCGCGAAGGAGAGCAAGCAAGGGAAGGCCACUCGUAUUCAGAACUUCCGAUGCGCGGUCGAGGACUUCCCAUGCUUGUUUACGCCUUUAGCAGAUAAGGGCUUCGCGCGCUUGAACAUCGAUCUCCAGAAGUUCAACGAUACCAUGGACAAGUACGGCCACUCCUGCUUUGGUUGCUGGCCUGAAUGGGGAUCCGUCUGGGAUGCCCGAAGCAACGUGCAGCGUCUGUUCUACGACGGCGCUGAGCCGGAUAACGAAGAGGCUUCCCUUGAGAGAGACGAGAGCGUCGACGUUGAGAUCGUAAACAUGCUGGAGGUUGUAGACUUAGCUGGCUUGCGUAGAUAUGCAGCCCACCAGGUGGACCGCAGGCAGGAAUGCGUCGAUGCGUACAUUGAUCGGCUCGAACGAGAAGGUCAGAAACAGGGUAACUACGUGACGUUGCUUGUUCAGUACUAUCGUAAACAUGGGCUCCCGGGUCGCCUGUGCGCCAUUGGGCCGUCCUUGCAGAAGCAGACCAAGGUCCCCCUUACAUCGCUCAAGAGGUUCGCCAGGCAUUAUACCGAGUGGCGUGAUUUCAUGAGAGAUUACCUGGGCGUGGACGCGGCCGAUGCAAAGAAAUCAAUAUCGAGAAUUUUCUGUUUGGGGUUGCCGACGAGCGACUUGCCGUUUCUAUGGUCGCUCGCGUCGGACGUCGCGCAGGCUGCGCACUUGCUAAUGCAGAUGCCAGACAACAGACAUCUGCAGGACAUGGUCGGUGACCGGAAGCACCCACGAGCAACUAGGUUCUUCUAUGCAGUGUCAAAGUCCGAAGGCCAGUUGCUAGCCCGGGUCACUGAUGGCAUCGUCAAUCUUGGUUGGAGGCCAUCCGCCUUGUUGUUUGACGAAUUGUACUUUCAGUGCCCUGCGCCUCCCGACAUCGCGGAGGAGGCGGUUGGCGACGUGUGCGAAACGUUCGGCCGUGCAUUCAGAGUGGCGCAGCCGCAGAGCUUCAGCGAUAGGCAGAUCGUAGUGAAGAUGACGGCAGCCGGCUUCCUGAAGGACUGGGAACUUUUGACGGGGUCCGCGCCGUGGCCAGGGCCAGGUUUCGAGCCCUUGGGGGCGUCGGAACUCCAGCGCAGGGCAUGUGGAACAUGGGCGUGCCGCUGCUGCAGAAAGUCGUGCCACAAAUGCAUUCUGCCCCAUGCCUGCCACCCUGUGCUGUCGGCCGCUUGGGGCAGAGACUAUCGGAAUUUGAAGGGCCAGAUUAUCAUUCUCUUCGGGCUGGUGGCGGGGCUUACGACGGCCCAGAACCAUCUGCUCUGGGAGACCAGCAGGGACUUCGUGGCGAACAUGUCCAGCAAGCUUGACCUGGCCCGGCAAAAAAUCGCCCUGCGCGAAGAGAUGAAGAUCAAGUUCGGCGACCCCCUCCAGGAGCAGUGGCGGGACGUAGAGGCAGACGAGGUUGACCUCGGCAAGGAACAGGUCGGCGACAAGAUGAAGUGGCAUCAGUGGGCCGGCAUUGUGGAGCGCGGCCGGCCAGAAUCCUUAGUUAUCUUCAAAACGUCGCCGAAGCUGACGAAGCCGCGCGCGCCUGGCCCUGGCCCCAUCACGAAGAAGGACUGGGCGCCGAUGGCAAAAAAACACCUCAAAGGGCGCAAGGUCUUGCUGCACACAGACGGCGCGCGGGCCUACAAGAUCGGAAUGAAUCGGAAAAGCAAGCUCGACGGCGUGGUGCACGACUACGUCGUGCACAAGCUGAAGAAGCAGGGGCCAAGCAACAAACUCAAGGCGACGUACGUCCAGCUGUUUUCCCACUGCGUCGAAGGAAAAGCCGUCCACGCCAAAGGGGGAACGCAGAUUAUCGAUCGGUGCUGGAGGUGUCUGCGAAAGCACGUGGGAACGCGCUCUUCCACCGUGUCAGGCACCAGGAAAUGCGAUGCUAGAGUGCGCGCUGCGCAAUGGCAUUACUGGCACAUGGGCUCUGACCUCUGGGCGAAGACAGGCGAUAUGUUCAGGGCGUUGCUGUGA